UCCGCUUCUGGCCAGAGAGAGAGAGAGGGAGAGGGAGAGAGCGAGAGGGAGAGAACUUGGAGCAGAGGAGACCGAGGUGCGGGACGGGACUGGCUGCUGCCUGCACUGGUCCCCCCCCUCCCAGCCUGCUCCCCGGAGGGCUUUUUCCUCCUUCCCGGCUCCCGCUCCCUCGACAAGCCUGUUCCUCCCCGGCCCGGCCCGGGGGCGGCUCUGCUGCGGGGAGAUGCUGUAGGAGGCGGUGCUGGGAGGGCCCGGAGGCCGAGGGGAGGACGCCGGCUGGAGCAGGGCGCGGCGGACGAUGGGCUCCCGCGGACCCGGACGAGCGCUGGCGUGCUGCCUGCUGCUGGCCGUCGCCUGCGGGCCGGUGCUGGGCCACCUGCCGCCCGACCAGCGGCCCCUGCAGGAGCCGGAGGGGACCCAGGAGCCGCCGCUGGACCACACGGAGAGGGCCGAGGAGGAGCAUGAGAAGUACAGCCCCCGGCAGGACGAGGAGGCCCCCGCUUCCCGGUGCUAUCGCUGCUGUGACCCCGGUGCCCCCGCGUACACCGCGGUGCCGGUGCCACAGAUCAACAUCACCAUCCUGAAAGGUGAGAAGGGUGACCGCGGCCUGCGGGGCCUGCAGGGGAAAUACGGCAAAACGGGUGCGGCGGGCGUCCGGGGCCACGUGGGACCCAAAGGGCAGAAAGGCUCCGUGGGGGCCCCCGGGGACCGGUGCAAGACCUACUACGCCGCCUUCUCCGUGGGCCGGAAGAAGCCGCUGCACAGCAACCACUACUACCAGACCGUGAUCUUCGACACGGAGUUCGUGAACCUCUACGGCCACUUCAACAUGUUCACGGGCAGGUUCUACUGCUACGUGCCCGGCAUCUACUUCUUCAGCCUCAACGUGCACACCUGGAACCAGAAGGAGACGUACCUGCACGUCAUGCGGAACGAGCAGGAGGUGGUGAUCCUGUACGCCCAGGUGAGCGACCGCAGCAUCAUGCAGAGCCAGAGCCUGAUGCUGGAGCUGCGGGAGCAGGACGAGGUGUGGGUGCGCCUCUUCAAGGGCGAGCGCGAGAACGCCGUCUUCAGCGACGAGUUUGACACCUACAUCACCUUCAGCGGCUACCUGGUCAAGCACGCCGAGGAGCCCUAGCCGCCUGCCCCCCGCCUGCCGCGGCCCCGCCGGGGGCUGCCCCCCCACCCCCCACUCCCGCCCCGCGCCGACGGCCCUGAGGUCCAGCACCAGGCCGGCUCCAUCAGCUCUUGCCCCAGUCCGGGCUGCCCCGGUCCCCGAGUCCCCAGCCUGGCAUUCGACACGAGGCCCUUCGCAGGAAGGGAGGGAGAAAUGGCCGUGCGGUUCCAGGACUUGCCGUCUCCGGAGACAAAGUCGAGGGGUGGGGGAACCUAUGGGGAGCAAAGCUCAGUAGCGCCCAGGCAGAGCCACGCACCCCGGGGUGGCCUCCAUGCCUGUCCCCCCGCAUCAGCUUCAGUCCCUCCUCUCAGCUCGUCGCCCACGGGCGGCGGCGGCCACCUGUGAUCCUCCUACCGGCCGUCAGGAUUAGAUGACACCUCCUCUAACCGUGCCCCUCCCCCCAGCACAAGGUCUCAGAUUCCUACAUCCCAGAGGGCUCAGCCUCCAGCUCCCGACGCCCCCCCUCAGGCCUGCGACCAGCUCCUGCGACGACGCAGGAGCAGGAGAGAGCCGGGAAGGGCUGGAAGGCUCCCCUCUGCCUGUCUCAGGGCUCCCGUGGGGCUCAGCCCCUGACACCGGGGAGAGGGCCUGUCCCACCGGUGGGGCCAGAGCCCCCUCUCCCGGGCGGGCAGGCGGGCUGCUGCCCCGAUUGGUGCUGUGGCCUGCGGCCCACGUUGGCCUGGCGGCCCUUCCUGCCUCUCAGGAACCCCCGCACCCCCGGGGCCGGUCCCUCUCCUGCCUGCCUGAGCCCCUCCAGGAGGCCUCCCGCCCACCACCAGGGGGCCUUGGCCUUGACCAGUGCCUCCACCCACCCGGGGCCUGGCCACGCCGCGCCCCUCCCCCUGAAGGACUUCUGCCGGUCAGACGUUGGGACCCACGCCCCACGGGGGCGCCCGCUGCCGCUUCCUGCUGUCCCGACGCCGCGCUCUCAGAAAACAUUAAACUUGGAACUGAGUUUCAGCA